GACGUGUAGAGUACGCCGAAAACUCCCAUCGCCAUAGUUCUUUCUAUAUACACACUGGUCCCUGGCCUAGUAUGCUAACUUGACGAUUGUGAAUGUAACAGAGUCGCAAAGGUAAGAUGACUCUUGAAUACUACUUCAACAAGAAGAGACCUAUGAAUGUUUGUAGUAACUCAGUGGACAUCCAGUCAAAUGUGACGAGAAGCAUCCUCGGUGUAAUGUACUAAAACAAGACACGUUUUUCCUGGACAACAGAAUCACAGGCUGAUUUGCCCUGAGCAAGCAAUGUACCAGGCUGGGCCAUGAUUGUGACUACCGGCCACGCUUAUCCUUUAGAGAUGAUACCCGUCGGGUAAUCGAACGGAUGUCAGACGUGGAGACAGUAGGCAACCUUGUUUGGGACCGUGAGACCCUCUUCCAUUUCAUCCUUGCCUAAUGCUACGUACGAUACGCUAAUUCAGAUAAUAUCGACAGCUCAUAUGAGUAGAAGUGCCGGGCUUCCGUCUGCUGGUUACGGACUACCCGAUCUGCUGCCUUCAUUCGCGACACUCACAACUGACGAGGAACGGGAGAGGAAGGCUCAGUCGUCCAUUCCCGGCACUUACACUGUUAUAAUAAUGCCGGAGAGCUUCUCUUGUCUUCCUAGACAUGCUGAUGAACGAUCUAAGGAACAAUGCAGGAGCUCAACAUCAAGUCCCUUGAUAUAUAGUGGGCUAAGUAGCCACAACCCAGAGGUGAACGAUCCAAAUGUGGUCAUACUCAAGACGUUUCCUGAUGCCAGGAGAUACCUGUGUUCAGACUACAGAGGUUCCACUCAAACGCUGGAGUCUGAUCCUCGAGACUCCCCAUAUCCAUCUACAGUCUCAGUAUAUUCAGCUGAGUCGAGCACCCUGGAUGAUUUUAAUGCUCAGCCACAAACCAGGCUGAUGGAUUAUGAGGCUAUGCUACUCUCACAUUUUCGCAAUGUGGUAUGGCCAAAACUGGUCCCCCACGGGAUCUGUUCAGACGGUCAUAGACUGGGUGUCGAGGUCUUGGAACAAGAAGCUGCUAUCUGCCCACCUCUUUUUCAAGCGAUGAUGGCAUUAUCUGAGAUCGGUCUAGACCGUCAAGGAAGCUGUGUAGAUAUGAGCGCCAUGAAUCCGCACCGGCAGGAUUUCCCACUUCCUCAGGAUAUAUUCCAUCACAGCGACAAUCUUCUAUCUGACGGACUUUUUCUUACGCAAUUUCUACUGCUCAUACACGAGGCCAUGAUUGCCAAGUCAGAUGGGCCGAGCCUCUGGUCUCAUCAUAUAUCCCAAAUGCUCGAAAUUACAUUCCUGAGGCAAUCGGCCUUUGGAGUGGAGCGAUUUCCGUUCGUCAUCUGGUGGAUCUGCAACAUUGACCUAUAUGCCCUUCUCAGCGGCGCAGGUACAGGAGAAUAUGUCAAACCGGUUCUAGAAAGCGACCUUCUCCCCUGGCCAGGGUCCCUUCUUUCCCCUAUCGGGCCUCAUGGAUCCGAUGUCAUCAAUUCGCAUGAGCCCGACAAUCUAACAUUACUGUUGCAGCUGUACAUGGACAUGUUCGGGCUAGCCGUCCAGCUAGGGUUAACUAUUGCGGAUAUGAAGAAGCUGGGCACAUCUUAUUCAUAUCCCCCAAUCAAUUUACAUGAAGACUUCAGGCGACUUUGGGACUCUUCAGACGUUCGCUUCUGGGCCGAGAAUCAAACGAGGCUGCCAAAACAACUACAAAACAUUUUCGAGCAGAUUAAUUUACUCUUCCAUACUUCACUUCUCCUUUACUAUACUAGCACGUGUCCUAGCCAGAGCAUUGGCUUAGGCGAAAUCCCCGCGCAGAUAGUGCAUCACCACACGACCAUGAUCUUCCAACAUGCAGAGGCGAUGAUGGUGAGAAGCCAAGGCAGUCCUCUGCACUUCAUCAUCUUCCCUUUGUUCCUGGCGGGAAUUGCGGCGGAGACGAUCGACCUCAAAGUCAAGGCAUGGGAACUGCUCUCAAAUCUAGAGGAAAAUGAGAUAGGAUAUAAUGCAUCUACGACGUGCUCUAUGCUCCAACUGGUGUAUGAGUACCAGAUGCAGCGAUCCAGUGGUAAUACUAGUGGCAGAGCAUUCCCAUGGAUUGACUGGGUUGAACUCUUGGCCGAACGUGGCUUUCGUUUAGUCAGUUACGGAUGAGAAGGGAGGAAGAAGUGCGACGAGGUUGAGAAUUUUCAUUUUUAUUUAUUUAUUUAAUCUUACUUUAUUUCUUUAUUCUUUAUUUUUAUUUCUUAUUCUUUUCCCUUUCCAUUAUACUCAUUCAUCUAUCUAUAUAAUCAAUCUUUGAUGUCUAUGUAUGUUGAACGUCGAAAUGAUGGGAGAAUGGCCGUAAUUCCCAACCAUGGAAUUUAGAAGCGGGCCGAUCCUGCAAAUAGAGCAGACUCCGUACUCUUAUUCUAAUUCGAAAAGAACAUAAAAUCAUGCAAUG